GCUGCCCUGCCAGGGCGGGUCAUUGGACGGCGGGGCGGAGCUCCGAUCAGUUGCGCAGGCGCAGAUUCUGGGUGGUGGGUUAGGGCCUUCUACGUGUGUUUGAGCCGUUGACUUAGGCCGUUCUCUCGGCCGAAAGUUCCCGCAGCAAUGGCGAGUCAGUCGCAGGGCAUCCAGCAGCUACUGCAGGCUGAGAAGCGGGCGGCCGAGAAGGUGUCCGAGGCCCGCAAGCGAAAGAACCGGAGACUGAAGCAGGCCAAAGAAGAAGCCCAGGCUGAAAUUGAACAGUACCGUCUGCAGAGGGAGAAGGAGUUCAAGGCCAAGGAAGCUGCGGCAUUGGGGUCCCAUGGCAGUUGUAGCAGUGAGGUGGAAAAGGAGACCCAGGAGAAGAUGACCAUCCUCCAGAACUACUUUGAGCAGAACAGAGAUGAAGUCCUGGAUAACCUCUUGGCCUUUGUGUGUGACAUCCGGCCAGAAAUCCAUGAAAACUACCGCAUAAAUGGAUAGGAGGCAGACGCGCCUGCUCUGUGGGUUGGCAUGGGAUCUGUCCCCGUGGAAUAGGAAACCUGCAGAGCUCGAAUUGUAUUCUGGAAGACAUUAAAUUAUGUCUCUAUACUGUUGUAGGACCCUUCACUUUUUGAGAGUAUCAAAUCUAGCUUUUUGUACAGAUUUACUACGUACCUGAAGUUUCAUCUUCUUACCUUGUGUAUCUAUAAGAAGUAUAUGUCACCUUCCUGUGUGUUCGUGCAAGUAAUGGUUAUCAAUGUUGACUUUUCUUUUAUUAGUCUAGUAAAAAAAAAAAUUCUUUGAAGAAAGAAAGGGAGUGAAUUGCUCCCUUCUACUUUCUUAAAGGUCAGGGGCGUUAUCUAUGAAAAAGUAGUAAGUAGCCAUUUGUAAUUCCUAAGAAGCAGCCAGCCAUAUAGUGCUCUAUCCUGGAUCAUUUAGGACAAUGAUAUGCUUGUCCAGGUUGCUGUUAGUACAUCCUAACCCAAGUCACUAGAUGCUAGGACUCAGCUUGUUACAUGUUAUUUGGUGUGCUUGUAAUCAUUUAAAAGUAAAACUUUGUCUUGCCUUUCA